AUGAACUACUCUUUACGUCAUCGACAAAAUUUUCACAAUACAUCUACACCAGAACAUCAUCAUAUUGAUAGAAAUUCUUAUUUUUCAUACAAUUCAUCAUCUCCACCCUUAACCAGGUAUAAUAAUACAGGUUUAAUAAAACAACAUAGAAAUAUCAAUUGGCAACAAUUAAAUCAAUUUCAUAAUUAUCAUCAUCAUUCUCAAGAUAUUAAUCAUAUCCCUAAUUUUCAUACUACAUCAUCUUCUCCAUAUAACUCAUUAUCAAAUCCAAAACCAUUGUCUUUAAAUGACAAUGUCAAUAGUAUGAGUCCCACUACCACAUCAAUUAUUAGAGUUAAUUUGGUUAAUGGUACUUCUAAAAGUAUACGUUAUGACUCACAUACAAAUAUUGAAAGAGUUAUACAAGUUUUAUUGGCUGGUUUAAAUAUAGAUUCUGUCUCUAAUUUACGUUUUUCUCUUCGUCUAAUAAAAUUUCCACAUGGUCAAUCUGUACAAAAUAAUGAAUCUAUAUGGUUACAUCCAAAAUUAAUAAUAAAAGAUGUAAUUAAUUUAUAUUUUAUUGAUAAUACAACAAAAAAUCAUUUAAAAUUUGAAUUAAGAAUGCGUUUUAUUCCUGAUGAUUUACAGGAGAUGUAUCAAGUUGAGACAGAUGCAUUUUUAUAUCUUUUUGAACAACUUCGUAGUGAUUAUCUUGCUCAGAUUGCCUGGAGAAUUGAUUCUACCUUAGCAAUAGAAAUAGGUUCUAUAUUAUUAAGAAAACGUUUCUCAUCAUUAACAUCAUGUAAUAUUGAAAAAAAAUUAAAUUUUGAUAUUAUUGAUAAGGAGGGUGGACUUAAGGCAUACUUUCCUGAGGGUCUUGUAAUUAAUGAAAAACCAAAACAUUUAAAAAGAAUUAUAUUAAAUUCUGUUAAAAAAUAUAGUAAAUUUUCAGAAAUUGAAUGUAUAUUUAAAUUUAUGCAACAUAUGAUGAAAUUGUCGCAUUUUGAUACUGAAAUAUUUUGUGUAUCAUUAGAUUAUGGUAAAGGAUCAUCAGCUGAGUUAUAUGUUGGUUCAUCAAAAGAUGUCUCAUAUAAAACAGAAUCUAUGGCAGGACCAGUUAAAUUAUUUCUAUUUAAAGAGAUAGUUGAAAUUCGGGUAAAAAGAAUUGAUAAGGGUAGUGAUAAAUCUCUUAUUAUCAUUAGAGUUAGUGGUAAUAAUCAACCAGUUUUAUUGGUUCUUUCAACAUUAGAAAUGGCUUUUAAUCUUGCUCACUUGUUAGAUGGUUAUCAAGCAUUAGUCAUGCAACAUGGUAGUGUAUGGAAUGUAAAAAAUAUUUUACUUGGAUCUCCAUAUUUAAAUGAUAAUAACAUUUACCAUACAAAUUUAUAUUUAUCAAAUAGGAAAAAAAAUGUUAUGUUUCCUAUUGAUACUACAACAUCCUCAUCAUCAACCUCUUCACCAUUAACGAUAAGAAAAGAAGAUUUAAAAAUAGAUAGAACAAAAAUAUUACUUGAAGAACUUUUAGGGGAAGGUCAUUUUGCUAUAAAAGUUUGUAAAUCAAAUACUGAACAAAAAGAAAUUGAUAAUUUUAUAGAGGAGGCACAUUUAAUGUAUAAUUUUUGUCAUCCACAUAUAAUAAAAUUAAUUGGUAUUUGUGAUGAUAACCCUGUUUGGAUAAUAAUGGAAUUAUCACCUUUAGGUGAAUUAAGGCAAUAUCUUAUCAGACAAAAAUAUAGUAUUGAUCUCUAUACACAAAUAAUGUUUUCAUAUCAAUUAUCAACUGCUUUAAAAUAUUUACAUGAUAAAAAAUUUGUUCAUCGAGAUAUUGCUGCAAGGAAUGUUCUUGUAUCAUCAGAUAAAUGUGUAAAAUUAUCUGAUUUUGGAUUAAGUAGAUUUUUACAAGAUGAAGAUUAUUAUACAUCAGAACAUUCAAAAUUAUUACCUAUUAAAUGGAUGUCACCUGAAUCAAUUAAUUUUAGAAAAUUUGAUGCAAUGACAGAUGUAUGGAUGUUUGGUGUUUGUAUAUGGGAAAUAUUAUCAUAUGGUUUGAAACCAUGGCAAGGUAUAAGAAAUCAUGAAGUAAUUUUGAAACUUGAAAAAGGCAUUCGUUUAGAAAUUCCAGUAGGAUGUCCAUUAGUUAUUUAUGAUUUAUUAUAUAAUAUGUGGAAUUAUGAAAAAAAUAAAAGACCAACAAUGGAAUAUAUUAAAAAUAGUUUGUAUGAUAUUCUUUUACAAUUAGAAAAAGGAAUUCCACAUAAUCAAUUAGAAAUGAUAAAACCUAUCAAACGUAGUACUAUAAAUAAUAUAUAUAAUGACAAUAAAUGUAGUAUAUAUAAACCAAUUGGUUCAAUAAAAUUAGAUACAACUCAAGUGGAACCUACAUUUUUAAUAAAAGCUCUUGAACAACAACGUCUUCAAAGUGAGGAAGAUGAAAAAUGGCUUAAUGAAUUUGAAAGUGGAAAUUUUAGUAAAGAUGAAAGAGAUAUAGAUUCAGGAAAAAAUUCAGAAAGUAGUGGUUGUGGAUAUCAAUUUGAUAGAGAUAAUGAUGCUAUUUAUAAAACAGUAACAGAAUUAAUUGAAUGUAUAACAAAAUUUAAUCAAAAUUAUAAAAAAUCACUUUCAAAUGAUGAUUUUGUUAGAUAUGUUAGUUAUAUUACAAAUGCAUUAAAAAAUCUUUUUCAUGAAUCAACAAAAAAUCUUAUCUUGUUGGAGGAAGAAGAUAGAAAAUGUGUAGAAAAAGCAGAAACACUACUUGCAGAUAAUAUGAAUGAAAUGGCAAAAGCUAUGGCGUAUGUUGUUGAACCUUUCAUUGAAAAUUGUGAUAUACUCGAAGAAUCAAGAUUAGAAGUUUUAAAGAUAACUCAUAUGCUUGCAAUUAAUUCAAAACAUUAUCUAGAAAGUUUUGACAAUGCAAGAUUAAAAACAAGAUACCAGAGAAGGAGAAAACGUUAUGAAAGACAUUUAGAAGAUCAAGAAAGUUUGAAACCAGGUAAAAUUAGCUUUUGCUAA